AUGGCUAAAAUCGCGUUAGGAACACCCCAAGAAGCCACUCAACCGGAUUGCAUCCAGGCUCUCGUUGUUGAAUUCAUUGCCACCUUUCUCUUCGUCUUUGCUGGUGUUGGUUCUGCAAUCACUGCCGAUAAACUCAACGGAGAUGCGUUGGUCGGAUUGUUUUUUGUGGCUAUAACACAUGCUCUCGUGGUGGCUGUGAUGAUUUCCGCCGCUCACAUUUCCGGUGGCCAUUUGAAUCCUGCCGUGACACUAGGCCUCCUUGUUGGCGGCCACAUCACCAUCGUCCGUUCGGUUUUAUAUUGGAUUGAUCAAUUGGUUGCAUCUGCAGCAGCUUGUUAUCUUCUUCAUUACCUAACUGGUGGAUUGACAACUCCAGCUCAUACACUUGCAAGUGGAAUAGGGUACACACAAGGAGUGGUUUGGGAGAUUGUGUUGACAUUCUCUUUGUUGUUCACUGUUUAUGCAACUAUGGUUGAUCCUAAGAAGGGAGCACUUGAUGGGCUUGGGCCAACUUUGGUUGGGUUUGUGGUGGGGGCUAAUAUCUUGGCUGGUGGGGCUUUUUCAGCUGGUUCAAUGAACCCAGCAAGAUCUUUUGGGCCUGCUUUGGUUAGUGGAAAUUGGACUGAUCAUUGGGUUUAUUGGGUUGGGCCACUUAUUGGUGGUGGGCUUGCUGGUUUUGUUUAUGAGAAUUUCUUUAUUAAUAGAGAUCAUGUUCCUCUUGUUGAUGAAGAAAGCUACUAA